CUUUCUGCACUUUCAGCCGUCUUUUCUUCGCACCAGAAACGCCACCGCGAUCAAAACCGGAACACACACACACUCUCUCUCUCUCUCUCUCAAUUUCAAUCCUUUAUUUCUCUCUUUCUCACAAAGCUAAUCAUCAGCUCUCUCAAUUCCAAUCUUCAGCUCUCUCUCUCUCUCUCUCUCUCUCUCUCUCUCUCUCUCUCUCUAUCCAGUCGAAAAUCCAAAGCAAAAGGAAAAAGGCUCCAAAUGCAAUGCAAGCUUGGAAAGCUCUGAAACCCCUUUUCUCCUCUUCUCUCCUAUCUUCUUCUUCUUUUUGUUCUUCUUCAAGGACGCGUCUCAUUCCCACUCUUUCUCUCCUCCAUUUCUUCUCAGCUCAACCCCAUCAAUCCCUUCCUACCCCCACCUCUCCAGAAGAAGCCGAGGAUUCCGAUUCCGCUUCCGUCUUUGACAGUUCCCAUUUCUCUAUCCCCUUGACUCCCGCCGCAAAGCCCACCCCCACAUGGAACGAGGCGUAUCGGGCAAAGGUCGAUCGGACUCUGUUUGGCAUCGAUACGACCCAACAGCAGCAACAGCAGGAGAAGGAGAAGAAGAAGAAAAAGAAAAAGAAGGAUAAAAAUUCUGCCGUGUCUUUGGAAGAAGAUGGUGAAGGGGAGAAUAGGCGGGCGAAUAGGCUGGCGAAAGCGCUUCUCCAGGUGGCAUUGGAGAAGCCGGACGAUGUUGAGGAAGAGGAAAGUGGCAUGAUUGUGAAGGAAGAAGAUCAACGGUCCCUGUCAGUUGGGAUCAUUGGUGCGCCAAAUGCUGGGAAGUCAUGUUUGACAAAUUUCAUGGUUGGGACCAAAGUUGCUGCUGUUUCUCGGAAGACAAAUACAACAACCCAUGAAGUCCUAGGAGUGAUGACCAAAGGAAACACUCAAAUUUGUUUUUUUGACACCCCAGGAUUAAUGUUAAAGCGUGGCGGACACCCUUAUAGAACUGAUGUUAAAGUUCGUGUUGAAAGUGCAUGGAGCUCAGUCAAUUUAUAUGAUGUGUUGAUAGUUAUUUUUGAUGUCCAUAGGCAUAUUACCAUGCCUGAUUCAAGGGUGAUAAGGUUGAUUAAGCAUUUGGGAUCAGAUGAACAGCCAAAACAAAAGCGGGUUUUGUGCAUGAAUAAGGUUGAUCUAGUUGAAGUAAAGAAAGACUUGCUCAAGGUUGCUGAAGAAUUUGGAGGUCUUCCUGGAUAUGAAAGAUAUUUCAUGAUUUCGGGACUGAAAGGCUCAGGAGUGAAAGACCUCACUGAAUAUUUGAUGGAACAGGCAUUGAAGAGGCCUUGGGAUGAAGAUCCAACCAUCCUGAAUGAAGACAUUAUGAAGAAUAUAUCACUAGAAGUUGUCCGAGAAAAGAUGUUGCACCAUAUUCAUCAGGAAAUUCCUUAUACAACUGAGCAUCGCUUGAUGGACUGGAAAGAAUUGAGAGAUGGUUCUCUUAGAGUGGAGCAGCAUUUUAUCACGCAGAAACUAACCCAGCGCAAGAUUCUUGUGGGGAAGAAUGGCUCAAAAAUAGGGAGAAUAGGCUUGGAAGCUAAUGAGGAGUUGAGGUCCAUCUUCAAGAGGGACGUGCAUCUCAUUCUCCAGGUCAGAGUCGCUUGAAUCAACCACUGAAAAAUCAGCCAUGCUUCUUCUCCGCCUAUGGGUUAUGCCAAACACCGGUGAGUGCCAAUGCUGCUAUUCUAAAUCCCCCUGUAGGUUCAGCUCUUAGAUCAACUACUAUUGUAAUUCCGUCACCUUUGAAGGAGAUAAUGCUUGCAUAAGAGACAUGUACCUUCUGAGCUAACCAAAGAGUGGAGUUCUUGAUUUGUUUGUGUUCAUCGUUGAGCUGAAAGCAAAGGAAAAUGAAUGAAUCCUUGGGAAGGAAUCCCCAACAGAUUGUCCUUGUUUCAAUCUUCUGCCAUCUUCCUCUUCAAGCAAAGUAUUCAAUAACAGUAAUGGUUGCUGUAAUGGCCAGCCUUAUGGUCAUUACAAUGCGGGCCGUAAUCUCUAUUACGGGCCCUUCAAUGGUCAAAACCUUUUCAAAGGAAGAAAAUGUAUUGGCCUCAUAUUGGACCUCACAGGCCCUUAUUGGGUCAUUACAGCCCCAUAUCACUGUGUAACUGUCCCAUUAUAGGCCUUUCUUUUGUCAGAAUGUCUUACUGAUCCGGAUCAUGUUACGGGCCUCACCUUUACUGUUAUGUAACAGCCGUUAUGGCCAUUCAUUAGGUAACUGUUUUUGCAUACCAUGCCUUCCAA